CGAGCGUUCAACCUGUGUGAUGUUGAUGUCAGGGGAAGUAUAUAAGAGGCCUGCUUCCAUCCCCAUUACCGUCUCGAUUCCUCAUCUCCAUCUCCUCUUCAUCUAACAGAUCAAGACCUCCGAGAUUCACUCCUCCUUACAAUUCACUACCAACCCCAGCACUACUACUACAACACGAGCAAGUGCUUCAUCAUGAAUCCGCAACAGCAAUCUUACUCCAUGCCCUUCUGGGACUUCAUCCAGUCGCUGGAUCCCAACCAGGGCCCUGGCCGCGGCGUUGAUUACAGUGCCCCUCCUCCUUUCCCUCCCUUCGGCGGGCCCGGCCAGCACGGCGCCCAUCCGCCUCCUCCCGGACCUCACGGAGCCCAUCCUCCUCCUCCGCCCCACGGCCCCGGCGCCGAAUGGGGCCCCUGGUUCCACGGGCCCGUGCCCCACCAUUGGGAUCAUCAUGGCCGCCGAGGCCGUCGCGGCCAUCAUCAUCGCGGCGGCAUGAACGAAGGUGAGCCUAGCGGUGACGACGGCUGGAACUCAGCCUCCGAUACCGAACGCGAUGUCGACCAGGAAAAGCGUGAUUCUCCCGAUACCAUGCCCGUUGAUGUCCCUGACCCUGCUGAGGUCGCUCCCGAAGAUGACCAGGCCCCUCCUUCCCACCCGCACUUCCGAGGCCAUGGCGGCCGCCGAGGUGGUGGUCGUUGCGGUCGCGGUGGACGCGGAGGUCCUGGGGGACGCGGCGGACGCGGAGGACGUGGUGGCUUCGGUUUCGGUGGCUUCUUCCCCGGAGGCGGCCCCGGCCCUCACCGUGGCCCCCGUCACUUCCACGGUCCUCACCCUCCCCCUCCUCCUUACUCAGGCCAGGGUUUCCCCUUCGAUUUCGGUGGCUACAUGCGCGGCUGGGCCAACCACCCGCUGUUCCAGAACAUCCGUGAGCAUGCCCAGCGCUUCCAAGAGGCGCAGUCUGGCAAUGGUAACGAAACCGACAACUCCUUCACUCCCCCCGUCGACAUCUUCGACACCGAGCGAGCCUUCAUCCUCCACGUCGCCCUCCCGGGAGCCAAGAAGGAGGACAUUGGUGUCAAUUGGGACGCCGACCGCAGCGUCCUGAACAUUGCUGGUGUAGUCCACCGCCCUGGUGACGAGGAGUUCCUCAGCACCUUGACCUCCAGUGAGAGGAAGGUGGGCAUGUUUGAGCGUAACGUGACGCUCCCCCCUCCCGGCUCUGAUGAGCGCGAUGAGGUUGAUGGCCUUGGAAUCACUGCCAAGAUGGAAGACGGCGUUCUUGUCAUCACGGUGGCCAAGGUCGAGAAGGAAUGGACCGAGAUCCGAAAGGUGGAUGUCGAAUAGAUCAUCACACCCAUCUGGACUACAUGGUUUUUCUUUGUUUUCGUUUACGGUAAGGUAAUUGCAGGGAUAUAUAGCUAAGAUUUGAUAUAAAAAAACGAGUAUAAUAUGAUUUGGUAUUUGUGGUGGACCCUUCUUGCUUGCCUGCCUGUGAAUGACGCUGUGGUUUCUCUCCUUUGCUUGUUGACUUGAUGAGCCUAAAGCUAUUUUUAUUCUUGAUAAUAUGAAUUCACAUUGAUAAACCG